UCACUUGAUCUUAACAGUAUCAGAUCUAAUUAACUCCAGCGUUUUAAACAUUAAAGACAGGAACCAAAAGACAAAAAUCUACCAAAGAGUAGAGAUGUGUGUUUUCACAUAGUCCGCUUCUUUCAAUGGUUUAACUACGAGGGUAUUCAGAUCACUCGUACAGACCAGCGUGUGUUCUUUACUAAUCAGGGUCCUCCCUGCCUCACACUACACCUGGAAACAGCUGCUACUGGCUGUUGUAUCGCUGGUUAUUUUUGUGUAUAAAAUGCAGCUUCUUCUGUUUUCAGUGUGUGUGUCGAAGUGGAAGCUUCCUUCAGACGUAACGGAGAUGAAAGCAGGCUGCGGGUUGAAAGCUCGGCAGCAGCGAGUCCCAGCCUGUCCGGUACUGUUCUGGAAAUAAAUUCUUGUUUAUGGUGCUGCUGGUAAUUACAGGUCACCGCGGGCCUGUCAGACUGCGUAAUCGUCUCUUUAAAGAUGGGAUUACAGCGGGUAACAGCAUCGCUCUGAAGUCUCGGGUAUCGGGGGCUGUUUUGAAGAUAUUUGCUGCUUGUCUAUUUCAGGGCACUCGGAAGGAUGGUUGGUUUGUGCAGGUGAAGCUGUGUGGUCCCAGAUUUCAAAUCAAUUAAAUUGAAUUUCACAUUAUUGAUACGAUUUCUGUUGAACUGGUAUUGAAAUAAUAAUAAUAACAAUAAUAAUAAUAAUAAUAAUAAUAAUAAUAAUAAUUAUUAUUAUUAUUAAUAUUAUUAUUAGCCUGCAUUUUUAUUUUUUUAUUUAAAAAAAAGGACAGCAUCGUAUUAAAUUGAUUAUCAAAAACUGUAAUAGUUUAAAAGCCCUGUUAAAAUAACUAGGAAAACUUUUCUUCAAGACAUGUAGAAAAAAACAGCUAGCUUUUUUAAACAUGACCUGCGCGUCAGCUUUGUAAAUAUCUACACAAAUCAGCAUGCAGUUCGAAGAGCGUUUUAAAAAUGAUUGGAGCGUUCUUCAGCUUUGUGUUUCUAUUCAGAAACUAUAGAAAUACGGUUCAUUUAUUAAAAAUAACAAUUAAAAAACAUAAACCGAUGAUCUGAGGUGCAGUGAAACGAAGGAGCAGGUUUCAGAGUCGUGCUGCAGUCUCCUCUAGAAGACGGCUCUUAGGUUAAUACAAAGCACUUCUAAGAUGUGGGGAGGGGGUGGCGGGAGGGCUGUGAAACUGUUUUCAGUGCUUUUAUCUCUGCAAGAGAUCUUCAGUGGUCUCCUCUCAUCAAUGCAGACUGCAAACCCCAGCUGUCCUUUGCAAAACAAGCCCAGCUUCCCCGCCUCCUCCUCCUCCUCCUUCUCUGUCUUUUAAACAUGAAGUCUCGUAAUCCCUACUUCGCUUGUGCAUGCAGCUUUAACAACGUGCUUUACCAAUGGGAGUGGAGCACACUUCCGUUUAUCUGAGCUCAUCCUGUGUGAUAAUUCCAGUGCGAUUUCCUCUCCCGUUUCGAUACAGAAUGUGGAAUUAGUGGCUGUCGCAUCUCUGUUUCCUCCCACAGCCGGACAGCCACAGAAGGGCACAAUAUGUAUCAAGAUUUUACUACCAGUUAGGUUUUCUGUAGAAGCACUGACUGCUUCGGUUUGUGUUCACCAGUCCACUCUCGGCCUUGACCACUACCUGGCACUGGGGUCUAUUUUAAUGAUCUAGACCAUGACAGACCUUAAUACCACCGGUCUGUAAACUCAGGACUUCUCGGUCCCUGACCACCUUUCAGCGCCUCCUCAAGACACACCUGUUCAGACAGCAUCUGUAAACCUCACAGCUCUCCACUAUGCUGGACUAGACGGCACCCAGUUGUACCAGUACUUGCAUCAGCUUGUGCUUGCACUGAACUGCUCUGCACUUUGCUGUAUUCAACUACUGCUCUCAAUCACAAUUCGAUUUUCUGUAUCUUGUGUUUGAUUUUACUCUUAAAGGUAACCGUACGCACGUUUUCUGUAAUUGCUCUUAUUUGAAAUCGUUCUUAUUAAUUUGUUAUACUAACUACUUGCCCUUAAUGGAAUUUACUUUUAUAUCCAAACAUUUUUAAGUUUAACUGCUCCGUUGUAAUCGCUCUCCAACGUAAUUAUUUACUGUAUUUUUAAAUUUCUCUUACUUUGCUCUUAUUGUAUUCUAUAACUGCUAUUAUCUGUAAUGUGAUACUUCCUAAGAACUAUAAGUCACCCUGGAUAAGGGCGUCUGCUAAGAAACAAAUAAUAAUUAUUAUUAUUAUUAUUAAUCUUGGCAGCCUAUGUAUCUAUGUAUGCAUGUUCAGUGCAGCAGGUACAUAUUCACCAGUCCCUACCCAGGUGUGUCUCCUCCUUCCUCGCUGUUCCUCUACCUGUUUUGAACCCCCCUCCCCGGGGCGUGCCUCUCUUUGAAGCUGGAUCAGGUAAGCACCUAGACUGAGAUCUGACAGGGAAGGAAACCUCAAACCGGCAGCAGGAGAGAUGCUGUCUGCAGAGCUGUGAGGAGCCUGGACUGGGACUGGCAGACACACAGGAUAGCAAAGGGCUGCGGACUCGCUCGCUCGCUCACCUCACAUGCGCUGCACACAACACUGUGACUAAUAAGGAGUGGAUGCAUCUACAGCUGACUGCACCCUGAGCACAACCCAACCGAAUCAACACAGCUAAGAAACUGAAGGUUACAGCCCGGGCCGUGACGCUGCCCUGUCACACGUGGAGUCAGAAGUGAGAAGUACCCAGAACAAAAAAAAAACAUACAGGAACAAACAAAACACGAGCCAGCAUACACUUUAUUUGAAGUCAAGGAGGUGCUGAAAUCCUGCUUAACCACCUACAGCUAUUUGUAAUUCUAAUUAAAAAUGAUCGCUGUGGUGUGACGGGAGGAAAUAAUAUAGAUAUUGUAUAUCAGUGGACAUACCUGUAUAAAAAAGAAAAAACACUAAGCGGUAUAUCAGUCCAGUGAAUCUCUUUGGUUGCCAGUGAGGAUGAACAGUGGCUUCUCGCGCAGACCCACCGUGGUCCCUGGGAGCUGUGUGCAGUACGGGAUAGCACCCUCUGGUGGUCACAUCCAAUCACACCACCACCCGCACCCACACCGCCCUCCUGGGGGGCACGGGGACCCCCUGGCGCACGUGCCCUUCUUGCUGUACCCCGCUAACGUCGACCCCGGCUACUACGACACGUCCUACGGGGGCGCCCUGUUUCCCUACGUCCCUUUCCACGGGCGCCUCGGGGUGUACGACUGCCCGUUCGAGCCCGCUUUCAUCCUGAAGCGCAACGAGCGGGAGCGCCAGCGGGUGAGGUGCGUGAACGAGGGCUACGCCCGCCUGAGGGACCACCUGCCUGGCACCGCGUCUGAGAAACGGCUCAGCAAAGUGGAGACGCUACGAGCAGCCAUCCAGUACAUCAAGUACUUACAGGAGCUGAUCAGCAGGAUGCCAACCAGGGGCUCGGGAGGGGAGCCCGAGGCAGAGGAGAGAAACAACAAGGCUUCCAAAAAUACCAGUUCAGCAGAGCCCCUCCCCAACAGCGACGGGGAAUCGCAGAAUCUGUCAUCCGCCUCUUCAUCCCCCUACUGCCAGUCAGAGGAGCCGAUGAGCUAGGAGACUCUGGGCUCCAUGCUGUACGAUAUUUUAUACAGGCAGACCACACAUGACAGGACACCGACGCCUAGUUACGCUUGCUUCAGCACUGCUGGUCUCUUCCAGCGCAGCGGAACAGGGUAAAUCAUCUCUCUGUGAGCCAGCCAACACUGUAGUGGACCCGGGUUCAAAUUAAACCAGGGACACCUGUUUGAAAAGAGUUACGGGGGUGUCUCGGUCUCCAGGGAUCAUUUCAGUCUCGACUAGAGGAGGUUCUGGGAUCAGUCGGCUGCUAGGAAUUGGGGGAGGCUAGAGGCUUGAACUGAGGCCCCUCGUUCAGAACAGUAAAACCCCCUGCUGAAAUCCACCUCUCGUAAGAAAACUAAUGUUAUCACUGGUAAUUAGCUAAAAUACUCCUUUUAAAUAAACCGUGAGCCUUUUUUUACAAGAAUUGUGACUUCAGUCUCCACUGGUCCAUCAGUUGGCUUUGCAUCCUAGCUAAGGUAUGUGUGUUAGCUGACACAAAGUCCACUGUAAUGCUAUUUACCCCCAAACAUGGGGUCUGCAUCUUAGCAGAUCUGAUUCAUACCAGCUUUAUAUAAAACCAGCCCUUUCUCUAUAGACUUUCAAACCAUGUACUUCCCAUGACUAAAUCUGUGUGUGUGAGUUUUAUCAUGUCUGCCACAAUAGUUUGUGGUUCUUUUUUUAUAUAUUUGAAAACACUGUGUAUAUUGCUGCUGGUGCAAAAUAUUUAAUUUAAUUUCAUCUUUGUUUAAUUAUUGAAUUUACAUGCUUCUUUUGCACUUUACUCAAACUUAGGUAUUUCUUUUUGUAUGUGUAGAACUGUCCUAGAAAUUAAGAAGCAAGGCAGUGCCUUCUGUUGCAAAGCAAUUUCUAAUAAAACGUAUUUAAAAACAAAAGCUGU